AUGGACAUCUUUAUUUGGCCUGAUGAAAGUUUGGUGAAGAUAGCGUUCAAAGUCGCUGAGAUAUAAGAGCAUAAUUUUGGUCGCAGGAAUACGUGUACAAUUCUCACAAACUAUUAACGUUGCUGUCAUGAAAGUUUGCAUGGCGAUAGUUGAAGGUCCUCGCUAUUCGGCCUGAAUGUUUGGUGAAGGGAGCGUUCAAAGUCGUUGAUUAAGCUAAAGAAAUUAAUUUAACAGCAAAAUAUUCAACUAAAUUUGUAAAUUUUGUAGCAUUUGAUAUAUAGUAUUCCGACAGUAUUCUGCUUCGGAAUAUCUGGUGUAGUUUAUUCCGACAUAUUCUGCGCAGAAUACUACGAGUAUUCCGGAAAUAUUCCGAGCGAAUACCUCAGAAUAUCCACGAAUAUUACUAAUAUUCCUGCCAGUAUUCCGAGGUAUAGAGGUCGGAACAUUCAAUUUUUCUUCCAGUGGGGAUCAAUUCUGCUUUUCGAUUUUGAACGACCUAAAUAUUGUGAGAAUUGUACAUGUAUUCCCGCGACCAAAAUUAAGCUCUUAUAUCUCAGCGACUUUGAACGCUACCUUCACCAAACUUCCAGGCCAAAUAGAGAUAAUCUUCAGCUAUAUAUAUCUAUGCAAAAUUACCCGCUGGGAAAAUUACCCGCUCCUUUUUAAUUACCCGCUCCUUUUACCCGCCCCUUUUUUAAUUACCCGCUCCUUUUACCCGCUCCCCGCUCCAAAUAGAUACUCCCUUUCCUGGGUAUACUAUAGAGGAUGAAUCAAAUGAUACCAUGCAGUCACGAAAUUGGAAUUCUAGAAGCAGUUAAUAGAGAAAUUUUAGACGAUUAUGAUGCAUGCCUUAUUGCCGAUGAACCGCUACUAAGCCGACGAAGAAUGCUACGCACGAUCGCGAUAUCUAAAUGAAUAUGCGGAACACAAGGAACAAAACGAGAUGCUACAGCGAAGAUUAGACGGCCUUGAAGAUAUUAAAUCAUGGUGAGCAUAAACUUAGAUUUAUUUUAACAUUUUAACGUAAAAUAAGUAUCUCUGGCUGAUAUAUUUUGACUUUAUUUCACAAGUCAGUGUAAAUGCGGGCAUUGUGUGAUAACACAUAUACAAAAUACACACGAAGCUUGUUAAAUAAACGUGAUUACAAAUAGACAAACACAGUAGCUUGAAAAAAGAAUACAUACAUUCGCUCUGAACUGGUCUGUUUAUAUCUUCUAUAGAGUCUCUUGUAUUUGCUCGCGAAGGUGAGGGAAGUGUGGUUUGAACUCUGUGAUAUGACUGAUGCCGUAUCAGAAUACAUCAGCCAGAGAUACUUAUUUUCAGUAAUUUAAAAUAAAUCUAUGUUUAUGCUCACCAUGAUUUAAUAUAUUCAAUGGACCAUUUUCAUUAUAGACUAAAUUUUGAUCUGGACAAAAAUUUCAUAACAGUUUGAAAGAGCAUCACAAAAUUAGUAAUAUUCCAAAGUUUCGUUGCGAAAUUUUGUAAAAUGGGGAUAAUCAAGGGAGGCGUUCCACAAGGGAGUAAGUUGGGUCCUAUUGCGUUUAUAAUAAAAAUAAACCAAUUACCAACGUCUAUUAUACCCAAUAACCAAGAUCAAAUAUGUAAUGCCGUAGAAGACCAGGACGUAGCGAUGUUUAUGGAUGACACAACAUUAUCGGAAGUAAUCAAUGUCAGUGACCAUUUAGGUGGCAUCCCAAUCGGUAAUACUCAAAUGAACGUAGACAAGGUGGUACAGUUUGCAAAGGACGAAGGAAUGGAACUAAACUAUAAAAAGUGUAUGGAGAUGAUUAUUGACUUUAGGAAAAAUAUAACCCCUAUACCCCCAAUUUAUGUUGGUGGUCAUAAUGUUUCUCGAACGAAGUCAUAUAAGUUACUGGGAAUAUGGUUAGAUUGCGAUCUUAAAUGGAAAACUAAUACGGAAUAUAUUACGAAGAAAGCGGCCAAGCGUCUGUAUUUAUUAAAGAUCCUGAAGACUUAUGGUGCCCCCAUGGAUGAUUUGUUAGCAUUUUACUGUUCAGUAAUUCGUCCUAUUUUAGAAUAUGGUGCAGAGAUUUGGAACGGAGGUCUACCCAAGAGCAGAAAAAGAGCAUUGAACGAAUUCAAAAACGAGUACUUAGAAUAAUUUACCCAAACCUAGACUACGACCAAGCAAUAACUGAGACAAAAUUACAAACUUUGGAAGAACGUAGGGACGAAUUAUGUGUAUCUCUAAUUAAAAAAAUGCUGGAACCAAACCAUAAACUUCAUAGCCUCUUACCAAAGAAACUAAAAUACAUUAGGCAAAAAGAAACAAGAACUAACAGUGAGAAAUUAUAUAAUUUCCUCUCUAAAACCGAACGUUUUAAACACAGUCCUUUAAUUUACUGUAUAUACUUAUAUAAUUCUAGAUUAGUUGAUUAGGAUCAUCAUUUUUAAAAUUUUAUCAGUUAAUGUACAAAUAGGUAUGCAUUAGUAGUUUUUAUACAUAUUGUAAAUAGAUAUAGAUUAGUAAAACUUUAAUUUUAAUGAAUGACAUGUAAAUAUAUAGAAUAUAUACCUUUUUAUACCCAAAUUUGUAAACACAUUGUAAAUUAGCGUAACUACUACUAAAUGUGUUAAUAAACCAUUACCAUUACCAUUACUAUUACCAUAAUAUAGCCUUGCGAAGUUUGCCGUUUUUCAGUCAUUUUGUAUUACGCACGGGAAAUUGACAGCCCAAUUGGGUGUUGGGGCAUCAAUUUCCCGUUUGUAAUACAAAAUGACUGAAAAUUGCAAAUUUCGCAAGGCUAUAUUAUCCGCAUUUUAUACAACAUUUCGCAACGAAAUUUUUGUCUAGACUUGUUUAGAUCAAAAUUUAGUCUAUAAUGCAAAUGGUCCAUUAGGCCGCCUAAUCUUCACUGUAGCAUCUCGUUUUGUUCCUUGUGUUCCGCAUAUUUUUUUAGAUAUCGCGCGUACCAUUCUUCGCCUGCUUGCGGUUCAACGGCUUAUAUAAAAGGCAUGCAUCAUAAAUUAAUAAUCGCCUAAAAUUUCGCUAUCAACCGCUUCUAGAGUUCCAAUUUCGUGACUGAUAUCAUUUGAUUCAUCCUCUAUAAUAUACCCAGGAAUAUAAUUGUAUUCUGAGUCAUCUGAGUCACAUUGAGAACCAUGAGUGCUGGUAUAUAUAUACCAAAUAUAAACGAAUGAAUAAUGCGCGUCCAAAUUAAGUCCCUUAAGCUACGUCACACCACGCUCGUCUCAGACUCGUGUUGAUACGCGACAUUUUCACGAAAAUCGCUGUUUACUCAGUGUUUAGAGCCGCAUAUCUCGCGAAUGAAGAGAGAAAACCGAAAAAUGUUAAAGAACCUAUUAAUUAACUAACUUUUUGUCCUCUACUCCAAAAUAAAAAAACUUUUAUAUUGUCUUUUGCUAGUUUAUCGUCGUCAAUAGCAACACUUGCUGCCCCACCUGUACCUGCUUCUACACCACUAGCUGUUCAUGGGCUUGUCUUACCAAUCAUUGGGAUACCUAAAGCAGAUAUUGGAUUAAUAGUGGCAAUUGACUGGUUUGUGUAAGUUUAUUAUAUUGAUUUAAUUAUUAAUAGACAGAUUAUAUAUAUAUAUAUAUAUAUAUAUAUAUAUAUAUAUAUAUAUAUAUAUAUAUAUAUAUAUAUAUAUAUAUAUAUAUAUAUAUAUAUAUAUAUAUAUAUAUAUAUAUAAUCUAAAGGAAUGAUAAAAAUGACAAAAAUCCGUUACUAAAUAAUACAAGUCACUGGGAUACCAAGAGCAGACAAUUAUUGGAUAUUAAUAGUGGCAAUUGACUGGUUUAUGUAGCUAAGUGUAUUAUAUUGACAUAUUAAUACCAUAGUUAUCAUUAUCUAUAUUGCGGAUUUCAAUCACAUCUUGCAUGUAAAGAGGUCACUACUGCCAAUAGCCUGUGCACGGCAUCAAUUAUCCGCGAUAUGAUUUCUUUUCUAUUCCUAACAACCCUCGCUUCUUAUCAGUUGAUAUUUAGAUCUCCACUAUUAUUUAUACGUAUAUCAAGGCCAAUCUUUCUAUGCCUACUCAGUAUAUUUUACCUGAUUUCCCUUGGCUCAAAGCAACCUUGCACCUCCCCAGUUUUUUUAUUCAGUUGCUAAGCGAAAUAAUUUAGCAGGCUGCAUGGUUUGCUUUGCUAAAUGAGACGAGCGGCUGGGGGUGGUGGCAUCCAUUUGGUACGUACGCAAAAGAGAAUUGAAAAAUGAACCGCCUCCCUCCAAGGACAAUAGAAAUUAAUACGUAAUUCAAACAACUGACGUGCACAAAAUCUGUUUUUCACUCCCUCUUGUUGCGUAUACGUACUAUAAAUGAUUCACUGCAUGGUAUCCAAACGUUAAUUAUCAAUUUAGGCAACUAGGAAAGAGCACAGGGAGGUUCAACUAUUGAUGUAUACUAGCUCAGACUCAGUCUAAGGACAUAUAUAAAUGUCCAUAUAGCAUCAUGAAAUUUGUCAAGACUGUCAGCUAUUGAAAAGAAUUGUCUCUGCGGACGUCGAAAGAAAGAUUUAAUAUCGAUGUAACCGCUAUGCACAGUUAAAUCGGAAACAUAGGGAAAGUAAAAGACGUGCAUGCAUCACAUGUCGUUGAAAAACUACAUUAUUUUAAAAAAUAAUAGAAACAAAACUACUGUGCCUUUAAUUCAUUAUUCACACAAAUAUAACUUUGGCCAUAUUAAUUUUAUAAAGUAAUUUUAAUUAUUUGUAACAUAUUUUUAUAGAGAUCGCUUCGCCACUCCUGUCAGUAUUUGGGCGAACUGCAUAGCCUGUGUUAUUAUUGAACAUUAUUCACGUGAAGAUCUUCAGCCAUUAAAAGACGUCACUACACCACGUGAAGAAACAUGUACUACCGUGGGUAAUGAUGCAAAUAGUGAUGUCACUAUUGAUGUUGCUGAAGAAGAGGAAGUUAAAACAGAAAUUAAUUAA